AUGCUCCGAUUCCAACCUGCUGUGCUGCUCGGCUAUCGGCGCCAUCGUGUGCGGGGUGCAGACUACCCCGGCAUCGUACCGGCAUCAGAGGCUACGACUAGGACAUCCGUGCGAGGGACGCUUGUCUCCGGACUAACAGACGGUGAUGUUCACCGUUUGGAUAUGUAUGAAGGGGAUGAGUAUACUCGAGACCCAGUUACCGUGCGUGUGCUUGGGGAGUCGGUACCUGGGGGGAGUAAGUCGAACCUGGAGGCACAUCUAAAGGAUGUGUUGGAUUCAGCUGGGCCGGAUCUGAAGGUUGAAGGAGUUGAGGUUCAGGCGAAGACUUAUGUCUGGGUUGCCGGGGAGGGGAGGCUAGAGGAUGCGGAGUGGGAUUUUGAGACUUUUAAGAAAGAUAAGAUGGCGUGGUGGGUUAAUGCCGAUGAGAGUCAGUGGUAG